AUGUCAGGCCAACAAGCAGAAGAGAUUGAAGUUGAACCGUAUACCACUGUGAUUGUGUCGUCUGAUGACCUAGCAGAUCUAUUUAUCGAAGCGCAUAACAAAUUGACCGAGUUACUCGAGGAGGAGGCCGGAGGAUUUGAUCGUGCGCCAACUAGAAGGCAUAUCAAUUCGGUCCCAUUGGUGUUCGAAAAGACGACCAAAGAAAUCCAGACGAUUCUAGUUGAAUCGGUGGCCAGGAAAGUGAAUCUGCUACAUGAGAUGUUAUCCGAUUCGAUCAGCCUUCAAAAGCUCCAUACUGCUCACCUUCGAGACGGGAUCAAAAUUCUCCAAGAUAUCGAAGAGACUGUUGAACAAAUCAGCUCCUUAGUCCACUCAUCUUGGACAUUACGUGAUCGCAAACCAGGCUGCGGUUUUCAAAUUGAAGAGGGACCUGAAGAACUCCUAAAACGAUAUAGAGCUGAACGAGUCCAAUCGAGACUGGCCGAUAAGUUCUACAGCCUGGGCGAUCUACUGGAAUCUCACUUUGCUCUACUGCCCCUACCUACACACGGGGUGUACAGAGGAUCUGAUCGAGGUGUAUGA